GUUAAUUCUAAGUGUUGCUGUUGAAUCUGAAUUGUGAUUUGUGCGUGUUUCAGAACAGAAAUGAUUGAAAUAAGUCAUUUAAUUUUCUUCUUGGCGCCACUAUUAAUUGUUUGGAAUAUAUAUUGGCGCAUAACGCGACGGCAUAUGCUGGAAUUGGCCGACAAAAUUCCUGGACCAAAAGGUUACCCCCUCAUAGGAAAUGGGUUAAUGGCGUUAGGAUCACUGCACGAGAUGUUCAAAACAUUGGACCAAUUGAGCUUUGAAUAUCCAAGCGUUAUUCGGAUAUGGUUAGGACCAAGACUCUUCGUGAGCUUAAUGGAUCCCAGAGACGUUGAAAUAGUAUUAAGCAGCAACAUACAUAUUGAAAAAGCAACUGAUUAUAAACUUUUUGAACCUUGGUUUGGAAACGGUCUUCUAAUAAGUGCAGGCAGAACAUGGAAAGCCCACAGGAAAUUGAUUGCUCCAACGUUUCAUUUGAAUAUUCUAAAAGGGUUUAUAGAUCUCUUUAACGCCAAUAGUCGAGAAGUCGUAAAAAAGUUACGUCAGGAGAACAGAAAAACCUUUGACUGCCAUGAUCAUUUAUCGGAAGCAACGGUAGAAAUACUCUUAGAAACUGUAAUGGGUGUAAGCAAAAAAAUACAAGGACAAAGUGGAUACGAAUACGCAAUGGCAGUUAUGAAAAUGUGCGAAAUUCUACACAAAAGACAUUUGAAAUUGUGGUUACGCCCAGACUGGCUAUUUAACCUAACGAAAUUCCGAGAAAAGCAAAAUAAAUUACUCCGCUUAAUACACAGUCUCACAGUAAAGGUUGUUGAAAUAAAGAAAAAAGCACUUGAGGACGGUAUUCAAGGUUCCCUCGCAGACGUACCCGAAGAUAUUUUGAAGAAAGUUGUGUCAGUCCCCGAUGAAAAUAUUAUUGAACACCCAUUGGAUGGAACGAUGAUGUUUGGUCAGUCUGUAGGGAUAAAAGACGAUCUUGAUGGUGAUGUAAAUGUAGGGGAUAAGAAAAGAUAUUCGUUUUUAGAAACCUUGAUAGAAGCAGCCAAGAGUGGCACACAACUUACUGAAGAAGAGGUCAGAAACCAAGUUAGCACAAUUAUGUUUGAGGGUCACGACACCACUGCCGCCGCUAGUAGCUUCUUUCUAUGCCUGAUGGGCGCUCAUCCCGACGUCCAAGAAAAGGUACAUCAAGAAAUGUACGCUAUUUUUGGCAACUCAGAUCGAUCGGCAACUUAUUCGGAUACACUAGAAAUGAAAUACCUAGAACGAUGUUUACUCGAAACACUGCGAUUGUACCCACCUGUUCCACUCAUUGCGCGUAAGAUAAACCAGGACGUAAAACUAGCAAGUGGUAAUUACACUGUACCGGCAGGAUGCACUGUCAUUAUAGCCACUUAUAAAUUACACCGUAAUCCUGACAUCUAUACUAAUCCUGACGAGUUCAAUCCGGACAACUUCCUUCCAGAAAGAUGUAUAAAGAGACACUAUUACUCUUUUGUUCCAUUUAGCGCCGGACCACGUGGCUGUGUUGGGCGAAAGUACGCCAUUUUGAAGCUAAAAAUCCUUCUAUCUACAAUAAUGAGGAAUUUUGUUGUCAAGUCUGAGAUUCCUGAAACUGAAUAUAAACUUCAAGCUGAUAUAAUAUUAAAACGGCAGGAUGGUUUUAGGAUUCGAUUGGAACCAAGAAAUGUAUCUAAUUGAACAACUUGUAAAUGCGUGUUCACUUGCUUCUUUAAAUAAAAUGUACUCUUGUUA